AUGGUAUUCAAGCGGCCACCCAAGCGCGCAGCAGUGAACUCGCGAGAUGACCACCGGCGCGCAGUAACGAACGCCCGAGACGGCCACGGCAUUGACAAAGACAAAGAGGUAAAAGAGGUAAAGGACAAAGAGCCAAGCUACGCCCCAGCUCCUGCUACUCAGCCGCGUUUUUCCCCAGCCCCCGCUCCUGAGCCGAGCUACGCUCCAGCGGCUGAGGUAGACUACGAUGAGCCUGUGGAAUACAACGCCGCGGCAUACAGUGAUGAGCCAGCCAAAUACGACUUCCAAUGGGGAGUGAAGGACGACUACGGUAACGACUACGGCCACAAGGAGUCCAGGGAUGGAAACAAGGUGCAGGGCACCUACUACGUCCAGCUGCCCGACACCAGGAAGCAGACCGUCAACUACCACGUGGACGGUCAGAGCGGCUUCAUCGCGGAUGUGCAGUACGAAGGUGAGGCGCAGUACCCGCAAGCGAGCGGAGGAAAGGGCUACCAGGCCGGGCCGGCCGCUGGAACGGCGUCCAAUGACCAGGCGCGCUACCAGCCGGCUCCUCAGCAGCAGAGAUAUGAACCGGCUCCGCAGCAGCAGCAGCAGCAGCAGCAGCAGAGCUAUGGACCGGCUCCGCAGCAGCAGCAGCAGCAGAGCUAUGGACCGGCUCCGCAGCAGCAGCAGCAGCAGAGCUAUGAAUCGGUUCCGCAGCAGCAGCAGAGCUACCAGCCGGCUUCCCAGCAGCAGCAGCAGCAGCAGAACUACGAACCGGCUCCGCAGCAGCAGCAGCAGCAGCAGCAGAACUACGGGCCGGCUCCGCAGCAGCAGCAGCAGCAGCAGGAAAACUAUGGACCGGCUCCGCAGCAGCAGCAACAGCAGCAGAACUAUGAACCGCAGCAGCAGCAGCAGCAGCAGCAAGGCUAUGAGCCUCCUCCCCAGCCUCAGCAGCAGCAGCAAGGCUAUGAGCCUGCUCCCGAGCCGCAGCAGCAGGGCUACGAAUCUCCCCCUCAAGCUCAGCAGCAGAGUUAUGAGUCUGGUCCUCAGCCUCAGGAACAGAACUACCAACCUGGUCCCCGACCUCAGCCGCAGAACUUCCAGCCUGCUUUCGAACAGCAGCAGCAGCAGCAGGGUUAUGAGCCUGCUCCCCAGCCGCAACAGCAGGGCUAUGAGCCUGCUCCCCAGCCGCAACAGCAGGGCUAUGAGGCUCCUUCUCAGCCGCAGCAGCAGAGCUACGAAGCUCCUUCCCAGCCGCAGCAGCAAAACUAUCAGCCGGCUCCCCAGCAACAGCAGCAGCAGCAGGGCUAUGGGCCUGAUCCACAGCAAGAGCAGCAGCAGCAGGGGUAUAGGCCUGGUCCCCAGCCUCAGCAGCAAAGCUUUGAACCUGCACCCCAGCCGCAGCAGCAGAGCUAUGAAGCUGCUCCCCAGCCACAGCAGCAAAACUAUCAACCUGCACCUCAGCAGCAGCAGCAGCAGCAACAACAGCAACAACAGCAGCAGAGCUAUGGGUCUGCUCCCCAGCCCCCACAGCAGAGCUAUGAGCCUGCUCCUCAGCCCCCACAGCAGAGCUAUGAGCCUGCUCCUCAGCCCCAGCAACAGAGUUAUGAACCUGCUCCCGAGCCGCAACAGCAGCAGCAAGACUAUCAGCCUGCUUCACAGCAGCAGCAGCAGCAGCAGCAGGGUUAUGAGCCUGCUCCCCAGCAGCAGCAACAGCAGCAGCCGCAGCAACAGGGCUACCAGCCUGCUCCUCAACAGCAGCAGCAGCAGGGCUACCAGUCUGGUCCGCCACCCUCUGCCCAGCCUCCGUCUGGACAAAGGUACAGCUUUCCGGAGGCCGAGAGAGGCUUCCAGCCAAUCGAGGACAACAGCGGUUACGCGGCCCCGAAGCCGUCGUCACUGUUGUGA